AUGGCCAACCAGGCAAUGUUGGAAAAGCCCACCGGCGAGUACCGCCAAUACCUACCAGACUUGAGCCUAAAGCGCUUCGAGGUGAUGUGCCAGCAAGAUGCGCACGAAUAUGCCCACGACUUUAAGACCGGACACCAGCCGCCAUGGCUGCAUGCACUAUAUAUGCAUUGGUUGGAGCUAUUGCAGGAGCCAUUCAAGGGCGUGACCACCGACGGAAACGUCCGCCCAGGUCUAUUCACAUUACAAAACGAAGAUGUCCCCAUUCAACAAAUCGUGGACGCAACCAACGCAGUAACAGCCCAGCUAGACGACAAGCAACAAGAAGCCAUAAACUACCACAUCGACUCCCCCACUGGCGCACAUGUAAUGAACGUGCUAAAGACAACGCUCUCCCCAGAAGGCUACGACAAAGCCGUCAGCGCCAUGCGCAUCAACCACUUCCUCGGCGAGCUAGUCAAAUCCCCAGCAGUGAUGAACGAAUUCUCCUACAACUUUGUCCUCUUCGGCCGGCCCUCGACCACCAGGCCGUGGGGCUGGUCCUUCUACGGUCACCACCUUUGCCUGAACAUCUUCCUGUACAAGGGCCAGAUCAUCGCCUCGCCAUGGUUUACGGGUGCAGAGCCUAACGAGAUUGAUACGGGUCCGCAUGCCGGUACACGCAUUAUGCAGAUCGAGGAGAAGCUGGGCCUGCAGCUGAUGCAAUCUCUUUCUGCGGAAUUGCAGGCUUCAGCGCGGGUCUUUGCUCUCAUGAAGGAUCCAGCUAUGCCGCCUGGGCGCUGGAACAAGAAUGAUCAGCGCCACUUGUGUGGUGCGUACCGGGAUAACCGGGAAGUGCCGUAUGAGGGCAUUCUGGCGUCGACGUUUAGUGCUGAGCAGAAGGGGUUCAUGUAUGGCAUUCUUGAGCAGUACUUGCUUUAUCUGCCGGCGAAGUCGCGGGCUAUGAAGAUUGAUCAGGUGCGCGCGCAUGAGGAUGAGACAUACUUCUGUUGGAUUGGGGGGUAUGGGGAUGAGGAUCCGUUCUAUUAUCGCAUUCAGAGCCCUGUGAUUCUUGUUGAGUUUGAUCAUCACUCCGGGGUGUUUUUGAAUAACGAGGAGCCGAAGAAGUUCCAUAUCCAUACGCUGUUGCGUACGCCGAAUGGUGGUGAUUAUGGUCAUGCGCUCCGGUCGUUGAUUCCUGCUGUGGAGGGUUUGAAUGGGAAGGAGAUUGUCUGGUAG